AACUUGGCUUUCACUCCCAGUGGAAGCUCAGCAGCAACAAACUAGUUCCGGCGUGGAGCGCAGUGAUUCUUGAGUUUCGUUAUCGUGGCAGUUUUUUAUGGUUACUAUGGUUACGAUAAGGCGUCUUGAAGUAUGCUUUCCGGUUAUGGUCUCUCUGUCAGGGAUAGUAGAGAAUAGAUCGUAAAGGGCUUGGAAGUUUGGAAGAAUUACUAUAUUGGUAUUUCUUGAGUGGGGACGGGGGAGUAGUUUGGCGAGUUGGCAUGUGAAAUUAUGUUAAAAACAUGCGAGAUAUCUGCUGCUGCUUCUUACUUAUGGAUGUUUGCAAUUUAAUACCAAGGGAUUUCAAAUUUGUGGAACAAAGUUCCCUAGAGUUGCAAUAAAAAAAAUUAAACUUUUGAAGAUGGAAUUAGGUCCCCCAGAUGUGAUGCAGCGCAGAGGAGCGCUGACUUUACGCUCUCAUUUUGCCAACUAUGGGAGACCCACCCUUGUGUACCGCUGGCAUCAAAACAGAGAGACUGAACCAAAGGAUUAUGACAUACAUGAAAUUCCUUUGGGAUCUAAAAAUUUAUGUCGUUCUACCUACUGGAGGCUUGGAACCAUAAAUGAGAAAUGGAUAACCACAUAUCAAGAUUAUAUGUCACAGCCCUAUAGACUUAAGGAAUAUCAGGAAUUAAACAUUAAGAAGCCCCUGUUGGAUGAAGAUAGUUUUGAAGAAGCAGUUAUUAGCAGGGAGACAGGGCUUCCUUCAACAGGUGCUGGAGCUGUAUUGCCACAUCACUCCCCAGAUCAUUUUACGAUGUUUCUGGACACAGUUUACCGGAGAGACUAUGUUCCACCAUAUGACUAUACUCCGUAUGUUACUGCUCAGCUAGGAGGAUACUCUGUGAUUCACAGAAAAUGCAAUUCUCAGUUUACUGAUACAGCAGACUACAGAAGACGAGGAAUCAACACAUGGCAGGAUGAGAGUGGAAUAUAUGCCAACUCAGAUCUAAAGCAAAAAGUUCUACCUGUAACUAGCCCCAUACUGUCAAAUUUGAAUGAAGAUACUUACUAAAUGCUGAUAACUCAUCUAAAGUGUAUCUAUAUAUCUUGAUGAGAUUUUGGUGAAAUUACUGCUAAAUAAAUAAACUUUUCAGUGUUUAGAACCCCUGGUUCUAUUUAGAAAAA